AAAAGAUGUGGUUGUGAACCAGUGUAUUUCUAGUUAGAACUGAAAGGGAUUUUUUUAAAGUAACAGAAAUGGUUAGUCUCUUCAGGCUAAAUGUUGUAUUAAUUCUCUGGAUCACAACAAUGCAUAUGUCGAGGUGUCACCCUGUUGUCCCUUCCAUGCUGUCUGGGAAAUCUGAUUACUGUCUCCUGCUGCUGAAUAGUUGCCUAGCCAAGGCAGAUGUGUCCGAAGAACUGCCGUUGCUAAAGCCUUUUCUGGAGAAGUCUUCUACUAAAAGAUCUUUUCGAAAUGGGGUUGGAUCAGGAAUUAAAAAAAUGUCCUUUCAAAGAGCUAAAUCAUAAACAAGUGCCCAAGGAGGUACCCACAAUUCAGAAUGUAUAUAACUUAAAUGGAUUUGCUUAACAUGGUUUGUAUUGCAUCUUAGAUGAUGAGUGAACUAAGAGAGACAAAUGUAUCAGUGUGUUCAUAAUUUAAACAGAUGUUUAUUUGAGAUGGUGCAAACCAAGUGAAGCAAAUGUGAUUGUUCAAAGGCAGACAUUUAUUUCAAAGUUAUAGUAUCAUUCAUGCUUUCAUUAAUACUAAAAGGUGUUUUCCGUUUAAUUCCAUCUGUUUCAAAUUUCUUCUUGUAAUACAAAAAUAGGCCUUUUCUUGUGAACAUGUCAAUUUGGAACUAGUCUUGAAGAAAUAUCUUAAUGAUCUGAAAGUGCUCAUCUCUAAGAUACAGAAGCACUUUCACUGCAUAUUACUGAUAUGAUUCUCAUUUACAAGAGAGAACAUACUUUACUAUAAUCUCAUCUAUCAAAAGUACGAGGCAUUUGGAUAAAUGGAAGUUAAAUGGGGAUACAUGAUGUAGAGUCCAAAUUCAAAUAGGGUUGUCUGAUAAGUAGGCUAUAAUUUCUAUAAGAAAAUAUUCUGAAGCACAAUUUGGACAACUCAAGUCAUCAGUCCCACUGAAGUUAAUGAAGCUACAUCACUGCAUAUGGUGGCUGCCUUCCCAAACUAUUCUAUAGAUUAGAUCACAGAAAAGACACCUUAUUCUUGUUUCUGAAGUUAACACCCUGACCCUUUCUUACAAUCGGUGAGAAAAGGCUCGAGGGAGAGUGGGGAAGGCUGCUUGCCUCUCCUCAGAUGAUCCCUCUUCUCUGCUUGGAUGGGCCGAUCGCCUGUCCACACAAUUGCUGGCAGCUGCCAGCAACACAGUGGGUCAGGGGCUGGGAUGCUUUGUUCCAGUUCCCAGAAUGCCCACAAUUCCCCACAAGAGUGUGUGGUGCAUUAUGGGGAUUCCCUCAAUGCCAGCCAGGAGCCCCACUAUCUCCCAGAUGAUUUUAAAAAAUGGAGCUAAGAGAAAGCUAGCUCUCUUAACCCCAUUUAAGAGGGUGGCUGGCUUGAUGGGUUUGCUGCUGAGGCGCCGAUGGGAUUGGGCAUGAUCCCAGAUGUUCUCACGCGGGGGAAAGACCAGGUUUGGCUUUGUUAGCAUGAUUUUGCCUGCACAUGAAAACAACCUCCCUUUUUCCUAUCUCAACCACACUGCAGUUAUUUAAAACACAUCUCCAGAAAGAACGCUCUUGGGUUGUGGCAUUACCAUUUCCUGUAGAGUACUGGGGAAUAUAAUAAAAUCAAUGUAGUAAAGGCUAUCACUUUGCUUCAGUUAAUGAAGGUAUGCAACAAAUGUAUGUUGAGAUGAGCCAAACGUUUCCACCAAUGAGCUUCUGUUCACCUUUUUUUAAAAAAAUACUGUUGUUCUAUGAUGGAAAAUAGUCUCACUUCCUCUUAGGUCUUUCUUUUUAUUUCUUUGCUAUAUAUAUAUAUAUAUAUAUAUAUAUAUAGAGAGAGAGAGAGAGAGAGAGAGAGAGAGAGAGAGAGAGAGAGAGAGAGACCUGGUUAGCUGUACAGUCUCAAAACAUUGUAGAUUUUGUCAACAAGAAAAGGUCAUCUGCUGAGUUACAUUAUUUGUGUGACUUUUACCUUGUGGCCAUUUCCUCAGAGAAGUGUAACAAACUCUGUGUGCUGGCAUAAAGAUGUUAUGAAGGAAUC